UUUCAGUUACUAUAUAACAUCGAAACGAAACGCAUCGAGUAAUUUAUAUUUCUUUCAUCGAAACCGACUGAAACUGAUAUACAUUUUUGCAAUGGAUUGCGGCGGAGUAUUUGUGAAAUAUGUGCUUUUUGUGUUUAACAUACUGUUUGUGAUAUGCGGCAUUUUGCUUAUCACGCUCGGCUCCAUUAUGGUGUCAACCAUAAAGGACUUCUCGAACGUCGGUGAGACCUUCACGGCCAACAGCGUGGCGAUCAUCAUCCUGGUCCUUGGCUGCAUCAUCUUUGUGGUGGCUUUCACGGGCUGCUGCGGUGCCAUUCGCGAGAAUGCCUGUGCUCUGACCACGUACUCCGUUGUCAUGCUGGUGGUGCUGAUCAGUCAGCUGGCUUUGAUAAUCUACGUGUGGGUGUACCAUGUGGAGAUACAGAAAUCCCUGGAGAAGAUUGUCCAGACCAUUUGGGAUCAGCGCAAAACCGAUUCACUUCUCAUGGACACACUGCAGCGAUCCUUCAAGUGCUGUGGUCUCAACGGUUUUGCCGAUUACGGCGUUAAGUAUCCCGCCUCCUGCUGCGACGCGCCCUCCAAUGGAACCUGCGCACUUACCCAGGUUAUGAAUCGAUCCAGUUGCCUGAACGCCGUCGAUUCGUUCUGGGACACCAACGUAAAUAUUAUUAAGUACGCUGGUCUCGGUGUGACCGCUGUUGAGCUUGUCGCCUUUAUCUUCGCUUGUUGCUUGGCCAACCAGACGCGCAACUCCCAGAGACGCCAGAACUACUAAGCGUUUAAGCAAGCAUCCUUUAAUGUAUUAGUUAGACUAUCUCCCCAUCUUUUUGACAAAGUAAAUGUAUCAAUAAAGAUUUAAAAAUAAA